AUCCUUGUUUCUUAGUUCGUUUUAGUUUAUUAUAGGACUUCUGUUUUUUUUAUUUUUGGUUAGUCUGUUUCAACUCAUAUUGUGUUAGUACCAGCAUAUAUUCAACUAACAAGAUGUCAAAAACUGAGGACAAAUGGGAAGUGGUGGGAAAUGUUAAAGCUAAAACAAGAGCUCAAAAACAAGCUUUAUCGAAGAGUAUGCCGAAAGCUGAUCAACUGCCAUAUUCCGUCACCCAAUCUCCAAUGUUCGAGGGAGUUAACGGAAGAGCAUUCCAAGAUGUUUCAAACAAAAAACCAACAAAAUCUGAUAAGGUUUCAGCUCCGAAAUCACCAGGCAAGCAAGCAGGAAAACGACCAAAAAAGCCACAAAUAGAAAAUAAGUUUAACUACCAGUCAAUUGAAGAUGCCUUUAAAGAUGAAGAGUUGUUUCUCAUUGAUGACAAGCUGGCACGUCUAAAAGAACAAUUUCCAAACAACGAAAUGGUUUGGUUGAAAGACAUUGCCUCAUAUCUUAACAUAAACAUUACAUGUCCUGAAGAUAAUACAGACCUAACUAAACAAGAAUUCGACUACCCUAUUUGCAAAGCAUCUAGUGCCACCCAUCAGACUCUUAUCCGAGUUUUUGGUAAAGAAGUCAGUGAGAAAGUGGUGCCUCUUAUAUUCCAAUACUGUCUAACUAAAAUGCUAGAAUGUAUUGCACGCAAAAACCAGAUGUGGGGGUACAAGAUCUGCUUACAAGCGAUUGCUCAUACACACCCUGCUCUGUGCAGUGAUGAUCUGGACAUUCAAGUGGAGAAGCUAAAAACCUCAGCCAGCGAAAUGCAAAGGUGCCUUGCUUUGGUUUGGGCAUUGGGACAAGUUGGCUUGAAGGACAUGAGAUGUGGAAUGAAAGUUUGGCUGCAACUACUGUUACCAAACCUUGAAAAAAAGAAGCUUGCGCCCUACACAAUGUACUACGUUGAAAGAAUUGUGAAGAAAACCAAACAAAAUCCUGCCCAAAGUCUUUCCGGUUGUUUAAAUCCUGGACAAUUUGUUGAAAUAACUCGUUACGCAACUGGAAAUUCUCAAAUAAAAGAUCGUAUGUCUGAAGUAUUUCCACUUUUUCGCCAACUCAUAAUUCACAACAACGCCAUGAAAAGACAAUUUUUCAACCAUUUCCUCACCAUGUCACACGUGAAUGAAGCUGUCAUGGGUAAAAUGGUUGAGAUCUGCAUGGAGUGUUUACGAGAUGAUGCACAUUGCUUUACAAUAUGGAGGGAAAAAUAUAGCAGUUCCUUUCCCAGUUCAAAACUUCUGCUGACUGAGUUACACAACAGACGUCCUGGUGUUUUAACGGAGAUGCCACGUGUUCCGUUCGAAGACGCAGUUCGUUAUUUCAGGAACAUAAACAGUGAAGCAGCCACAAAGUCUGACUCGCUUACUUCAAAACCUGAGUUUGCAACUAUUCGCAAUAUAUGCGAGACCUUGUGUGACGAUUUCACGGAGCAGAGACAAACAGCCCAACAAAGCACAAAAUCUUUUUAUUUCUACCUGUUGUUGUCCAUGCUCAUUAUAUGCGGCUUGUUCGUUCUUUACGAUGUUAAGUCCCAUGGCACUUGGAAGAAAUCAGAAACUUACCAUUUUCUUAAGAAGAAUGGGGUGCUUGACCGUACGCAUCAAGCCUGGAUAAAAACUAAAGUCUACCUUGAUGUUGCGAAAAAGUUUGUGCAGACCAAGGCACCAAUUUACUGGGAAAACAGCAAACUUGUUUUAGGACCUUAUUUAGUAAAGUUGACAGAAACGGGGAAACUCUGUUGGUCAUGGAUAGUUGAGGUUGCAAAACCUGUAGUUUUUUGGAUAAGUUUAAAAGUCAAUGAUGGCUGGAUUGUGUUAUCCUCAUGGUUGGGCAACGCUGCAAGCAUCUGUCUGCUAUAUCUGGACCAGUUAAUCACAUACUGCUGGCCGUACUUGGUUUCCUUUUCUGAUUACAUGUUCGAAUUUUAUCACUGGGUGCUUCAAGUUAUAAGCGGUGAAGCCAGUCUGGCAGUGGUUCAAGACACUUUUGUUCAGUUUUGCACCAACGUAGCCAACAAAGUGAACCUCUUCAUACAAAACGUAUUCGAAAUCGUCAGCAACUACAUAGCGCCAAACCAACCAUGAUACACGCAACUGACAAAGCGUGGUAGGCAUUUCAGCAAACUAAUUUCCUAUCCCAUUUACAGUAUCUUAAAUAUCAUUUAUUAGUUAAACAGUUCAAGUAUUAAAACGCGUUUUUUAUCAGUUAGUUUCAAAUAAUCUUAAUUUUUUUCUUCUGUGAAAUGAUUCGGACUUCCAAUGCAGUUUCAUUGUCAAUUUAUUCAAGUUUUAACUGUGGUUAUGCAUUCGAUUUUCUCAUGGGUUUCGGCUGGGUAUAAGUUUGACUGGUGUUUAUAAUUGUUCAUUUUACUGGGUGUCUGUUUGCGGAGAAACACAAUGGAAUAGGUAUAAGUUUUGUUGUUGGUCAUAUAGUAGCGUGGGGGAAAAUGGGACACCUUAGCACAUCAUAUUCGAAUAUUCUGAUUGUGUUUUAAACAAUUAACAACAGUCUAUUGGAGCCUUAAGGAUACGGUUUGAUAAUUCUUUGAAAGUUAAUGGUUUGCUAUCAAAUGGAACGAGAAAUAGAAUGAAAAUGUGUCCCAUCUUACCCACCCUAUUAUACUAUGUUAUUUCUAAUCAUUGCAGCCUCGAAAUAAAUUAACAAUUGGGUA